GAAUCAGUAAAAAAAUGUUAAAGUUGUCGUUGUGUAGGGUCAAAUUCUGUGUUGAGUGUAUUGUACAGUACUGUGUAAUUCUGAUUAGUGGUUGUCAUAGUUGUGACUAAAUAGUUGCUUAACAUAUCGUAAUUUAAUGUGCGUUUGAAAGCAAUUGUUUGAUUAACUUUUCGAACUGUCUGAUUGUGCCGUGUAAUAUUGACUUUAGACAAAUAUUUCACGAUUUCAGCUGCUGGAUUACUGAGAAUUUUGGUACAAAGAACAUCUGAACAUGUCAGGAUCUCAGUAUCUAAGCAAUACAAAGUCUUCACUAUUUUCAGUAGAGGAUGACGUAGAUGAUGAGGAAUUUUUAAGACACCCUCCUUCUGGAAGAUCAGGUUAUAUGAUUAAUAAUGGACAGAGUUCAUAUAGUAAUAACCUACAGGAUCUUCAUCAACAACGCUUGGAAACCCAAAGAGAAAUUCAGUCAAGAAUAGUACAGACAUCACAAAGAUCAUUAAGUCUUCUCAGAAAUUCGGAAGAAAUUGGUGUGUCUACAGCGGAGGAACUUCUUCGACAGAGAGAACAACUCGAAAGAACUGAAAAACGCUUAGAUGAAAUCAACACAACCUUGCGAUUCAGUCAAAAACAUAUCCAAGGCAUCAAGAGUGCUUUUGGAAGUUUCAAAAACUAUUUAAGUGGAAAAACUGGAGAGGCACAGAGUGCCAGGCCAAAAAGUGAGUCCUCAUCGACCUUAUCCAGUCCAAUGCUGUUAGAUGCCGUCGAAAAAAACCAAACCUUUUGCAGGAUCAUAUCUCAAGAUCAUCCUGGGUUGCGUGUGAGAGGACUCGUGGAGGAACCGAGUUCCAGUUAUGCCGACAAGAAUGAUCCCGAAAAGCAAAUCAACGAGAACCUCAAUGAAAUGGUUCACUCCAUCACUAGACUGAAAGGUUUGGCCUAUGGACUCGGAGAGGAAAUUGACUCACAAAAUGAUCUUGUAGAGAACAUAAUUAGCAAGACAGAGCGGGCGGAUAUCACUCUUCAGCGCCAGAACAAAGAUAUGACUCGGUUAUUGAAAUGAUAAUGAAUCCUGUUGACCAGUUAAUUUUGUAAACCAAUUACUUCAAAUGUUAAUUUAAAUGCAAGCUAUUCUUGAUUUCUUGGUAUAAUAUUUUAUAAGAUUAUUUGUAUCCUACAUUAUAAAUUAUAGUAGAAAUAAUCUGUGAUAAUACCAUCAUAACAUCAAUAAGCAUCAUAUUUGUAUCAUAGUCAUAUUUGGUUUCUUUUUUUAAAUUUGUAGAAAAACAUUAUUGGUGCCUUUGGUUCAAUUUAAUUCAUAUAUAUGUUCUUAUUACAUUAUUCUUCAAAUUGUUAAUAUGUAAAAAAUGCAAUGUUGAUCAUCAGUUGUAUGUAUGCAUGUUUUGCUUUUAUGGAUGGUUUGAUGUACUUGAUUGAAUGACUUUUGUUAUGUUACCAGUUUGUUUAUUAAAUAAAUUUAUAUUAAAUCUAUUUUGUUCAAUACAUAAAUUUAUAUUAAGCCUUUUUUGUUUAUUACAUAAAUUUAUAUUAAACUGUUGUACUCUUGUGUAA